ACCUCGUGGACACCGACGCAGUGGUCUACAUUAGAAACAUGGCUGCGACCAGUCUAGUGGGUAUUUGUAGAAGAGCCUCAGCGUUCCUGAAGGCUGCUUGUUCCCUAGUAAAUCCCAAGGCCCCUGCUCACUCCGGCUGCAGGUCUUCUCUCAGUUUGCUGCAUAAGAACACACCACAGGCCGCAUCUUUCCUCCAGUGUAAAUCACUUCAUACCACAUUGUCAAGGAAAGGACUAGAAGAAUUUUUUGAUGACCCAAAGAACUGGGGGGAAGAAAAAGUCAAAUCUGGCGCUUCAUGGACCUGCCAGCAGCUGAGGAACAAAAGUAACGAAGACUUGCAUAAGCUCUGGUAUGUCCUUCUGAAGGAAAGAAACAUGCUUCUAACUCUAGAGCAGGAGGCCAAGCGACAGAGUUUGCCAAUGCCAAGCCCAGAACGGUUGGAAAAGGUCGUUGAUUCUAUGGAUGCUUUAGAUAAAGUUGUCCAGGAGAGAGAAGAUGCUUUAAGGCUUCUUCAGACCGGUCAAGAAAAACCCAGACCUGGUGCUUGGAGAAGGGACAUCUUUGGACGAAUUGUCUGGCACAAAUUCAAGCAGUGGCCUGUACCUUGGUACCUAAAUAAAAGGUACAACAGGAGGCGGUUCUUCGCCAUGCCGUACGUGGAUCGCUUCAUCAGACUAAGAAUUGAGAAACACGCCCGCACUGAAGCAAGAAAGAGAAGUUUACAGAAAAAGAAAGAAAAAAUUCUCCAGGCAAAGUUCCCACAUCUCUCUCAAGACCGGAAAUCAAGUACUGUCUAAGAUGAGACCCUGAAGUCCCAUUCCACUGUUCUUUUUUUUUUUUUUUCCGUUUUUUUUUUUUUUUUUUUUUUUUUUGUUUUGGAUUUGGUUUUUUCUGAGACAGGGUUUCUCUGUGUAGCCCUGGCUGUCCUAGAACUCACUCUGUAGACCAGGCUGGCCUUGAACUGAGAAAUCCGCCUUCCUCUGCCUCCCAGAGUACUGGGAUUACAGGCGUGCACCACCACCGCCUGUCCGGUCCCACUGUUCUUAAAGCUGGCGUCCUGAUGUGAAUAUCUGUUAAGCAGUUUAUAAAGAAAUGUUCUUAUCAA